GUCUUCAAUCAUUGGCGGAACGUUUACGAUGUUCCGUGCUUCCUGGAAGUUGAGUGCAGUAGUAUGGCCACUGCUUGUCACCGGGGCGCUGCAUGGUGCGAGGGCGGGAGCCAAGCGUUCGGUGAAGUCUGCACAAAGCCUUGCAGCAGCGAGGGAGGAGGCGUUCCUCUUCGCAGAGGAGCGCCUGCAGCAUGUCGACAUCAUACGCUGGUUUUGUCGAGCGGAGGCAGAAGCCGAAGUGUUCCGUGGCAAGUGCCAGGCCUCAGUGGCCAUCGCUUCGCGGUCGGCUCGGGUAAGAGGGGCCUCGCACCUUGUGCUGGACUGGGCGGCCAAGUCGGUCUUGCUCGGGCUGGCCUCCUUGGGAUCACAGCUGGUGGCUCGUGGUGAGCUCACAGCUGCAGAGCUGACUUCCUACUUCUUUCACGCCUCCUUCUUAGGCCUUGGCCUGUACGGCCUCGUUGGUCUUAUGCCCGAGGUUGCUGUGGCUCGGACGUCAGCUGCGCGGUUGGCAGCCAUCGUGGCCAAGAAGCCGUUGAAGGAGGCGUCAGCGAACACGGCCUUCACUGGGAAGUCAAUGUCCCUUUCCUUUGAGGAUGUUCACUUCAGGUUUUCGGAGGCUGAUGUCUUGUGUGGCUUUUCCUUGCAGCUGGCAGCCGGACAUGUGCCCUUGUUGGCCUUUCAGGGUGUGGCAAGCGAGUUUCUCAGCGCAGUUCAAAGUCGGUGUGGAGCCAAAGAGAGGCGAGCGCCCAAUCCAGACGUUGACGCUGAGGGAGCUCCGCACAAUGAUCUCUGCCUAGCUGGCAUGAACUGGGUGGCUCCGCAGAUACCCGCGCUGCUGGGUGCCAACAUGGCAGAUGCGAUCGCGCACCAGUUUGGGGCCAGGCAUCGGCCCAGCGCAGAGCAGAUUGAGGACGGGGCUCUACAGGUUGUUGUAGCUGCACAGUGGAGAGAGAGGAGUGGCUUACGAGGCCCGAAGGUUAUGACGCGGCGGUGGGAAGAGGUGGAGACCUGCUGCCGGGCACCCGGGGCACUCAUCCGGGAGUCUCCUAUCCUGCUGCUGGACGAGCCUACGUCCGGAUUGGAUGCAACCACAGCAUCAGCGCUGGCGCAGGCGGUGCUCUCUCCGCGACCCAACCGGCCGACAACUCUUGUGGCGACCCACAGCCUCGCCUUGAUCAGGAGCUGUGACACUGUGGCAGUGGUUGCUAACGGACGCGUUGUUCAACGAGGCCAGUUUUCCCAGCUCAUUGCUGACCCGGCCGGACACCUUGCACAGAUCAUGAGGCAAGGAGACCACCAACUUCACCAACCCCAAGCCGCGUUUAUCAACGCUGUUCGGCUGGCAUGGCAGGUCUGGGGAGCUUGA